CAGCUCUGCAAAGGAUGGCUAACUUGUCGGCUGAGGGUGUUGAGACAGUCUUUCAGCUGCAGAAAAAACGAGGGCGCCAGUAUCUGAGGGAGCUGCUGGAAUGGAAGGAGUUUGAUGAAAUCCGAGAUUUGCGGCAAAGCAUCCAACUUGACACUAUCUACUACAGUCUGGUGUUUGCAGCUGAGAAAGGCUUGCCCUGGCUGGCUGUGGCAGAAGUUGGAAACUUGACGGUUGAAUUGCUGGAUGAAGCCAAAGGUUUGCCUAUUUCACUGGCCAUCCGGGUCCUACAGGAGAAGCUUACUGCCUUGCGGGUGAAGCUGCCAACUGUCAGAGUACAUGCUGUGUGUGAUUACUUCCAUAACACUUUCAUCAAGCAUUACUCGCUGUACCAGUUCACAUUAGGGAGGGAGAGAGACCGCUGUCAGUCAUUUACCAGCCUGGAAGUCUAUGCUCCACCCAAUCCUCUGCCUCUGAUGGAAGGCAUGGAUGUUGAAGUCUGGAAGUACCAGCAACAGCUGGCCACCCUCUCUGAGACAGAAGCCCAAAAGAGGGCUGAGAUGGUGCUCAUUCGUGAAACCUUGCAGCGGGAGAAGGAGCGCAUGCUGCAAAAAGUGUACAGUGAUGUCCAACGACAAGCACCAGUCUUUAGCAAAGAGGCUUUGAUGUGCCUUGUCAAAGAAGCAAUUAAGACCCAGAUCCAGAGUCUGCAUGAGAUUCUCCAGAAUGAGAUCCAGACCACCUUUGAAAUCUUGCAAUUGAAGCUCCAGAGGAAGGCCCUGUUGCUCAACCCCCCAGUCCCGUACCCUCCACUACCCAUCCCUGAAGACAGAAGAAGAUCCAACAAAACACAGAAGAAGCUGGAGAACCCAAAAGAAAAGGAGGAGGAGGAGGAGGAGGAACAGAAGAAGAAGAAGAAGAAGGAAAAGAAGAAGAAGAAAUAAUUUGCAUUGAGGCAUGCUUUCUUUCCCAUUUCUUCUGUCUUGUUGGCCUCUGACAGGGAUAUACCACUUCAAAUUACAGGCGGCGUCUCACAUGAUUCAAUGCACAUAUACAAAAAAAAUCCCUUCAUAUAUAAAAACAGCACCUCAGGGAAGGGUUAUAGCCUAACUUCCAAGGCAUGCUAAUUUUCUGUGGGCAGGGAAUUUUUGGCAGAGCCUCCUCCAUCAUAUGAGUCUCCACUGGCAGUCUGAAGUGGUACAGUCCAGGCAUAGGUUUGACUAUCUCUCUAAGAACUUGGCCUGAAAGUUUUCUUUUCUUUGGAAGAGAAUAGAGAUAUAUUAACUGAGAAACUGAGGAACCCAGGCCAGGUUGUGCCUAGAUGUGUGCUGGUGUUUGGAAGUAUCGUUAAUAUCACCAAGUAUUGUUAGCAUUGAAAUCUGGAGCUGUUAAUCGUUAGGAUGAUACCCAGUGCUGAAUGGUGCUCUGACUGUUUUUGAGAGCCAUGUGGAACAGCUCUUUCUAAUAAAGUGAAAGUUUUAUUAUUCUUUUAA